AAAUGAGAGUUAGCACGCAAGAAAUUUGUAGAUUUGCUGAUACAAAUCCCAGAGCUAAGAGUUUCCGUGGUGGAGAAGAUCUGCUUAAUGCAGAUUUCAUAAUUCAAUGUGGACAAGUGAAAAAUAACUCCAGUGACUGUGAAAGCUAUAAAAUUCUCGCUUUUUGUCUACAAACUUCUCAAUUAAAAAGUAAUCCACAUGAGAUAACUGGUGAAAUACUUAAAGAUGGAAGAAUUAUUGGUAUGGAAUGUUCCUGUAAAGCUGGGCUGAGUGGUGUUUGCAAGCAUGUCGUAGCAGUGCUAUUGUAUUGUAGUAGGAAUGAUCUGCAGAGUUUAAAAACUAUCACCUGCACUAACAAAAAAUGCGUUUGGAAUGCACCCCACGCAUCCUCAUUGGCAAAAUAUGAGCCUAGGCCGUUCAAUGAACAUGAAUGUAUGUUUAAACGAAGAGAAAAAGAUCUGCAAGCUCAAAACCGACGAAAAACCAGAGUAGAUAAUGAACCUAAUGUUGUCGAAGGACGAAAAUCAGAGUUGUCAACGAGCCAAGAGGAUUUGUUGAGAACAAUCAUGGCGAGGAAGCUUCUCAAGUCAGCAUUGGCACUACACAUGUGUGGGAGGCAUGAAACUUUUGAGGUGAUUAAUAGUAAUGAAUCAAUAAUUGAUCCUUCAACAAUUCAAGCUAUAUUCAACAAUCAGCAGGCAUCGCCAUUUCUACAUGAUCUGAAGAAAUUGGAGAUUGAUCCUCUGAGAGAAUGUUGCACAAAAUUUAUUUGUCGACUUGAGAAGAAUGUCUACGCGAUUUGUGUUGAAAGCAAGCAAUAUUAUUCAGUGUGGCUAGAGGAACGACAAUUUCGAAUAACUGGGAUCGUUGCGUAUAGCAUAUUCACAUAUCGAAAUAAUAAGAAUCCAGAUUGGAAGAAAAAAGCAAUAAAUUAUUUCUAUCCUAAAUCAUUCCAUAAUUGCUACAUAAAGCACGGCUUAGACAAUGAAAUUUUGGCACGCAAAGCUUAUGAAAAAACAAUUCUACCACUAAAAAUUGUAGAAACUGGUUUGAUUGUUUCAUGUGAGAACUCAUGGCUUGGGUAUUCCCCCGAUGGGAUUAUUUUUGAUGAUAAUAAGCCGGUUAAAUUGAUUGAAAUCAAAUGUCCUUAUUCUGGUAAAAAGAAUAAAUUAAGUGAAGUGAUUAACUCUAUCAAAUGGUUAGUCAAAAAAGGCGACAAAUUUACCCUGAAAGAGUCUCAUACAUACUUUGCACAAGUACAAAUAGGUAUGGCUGUGUUGAAUUUGCCGGUCACGGAAUUCAUCAUUUAUACUCCAUUUGAUGAUGCUUUCAUUUCAUUUCCUAUGAAAUUUCAACCUGAAUAUACCACAAAGCUGCUGUAUUCUUAA